AUGGAGCCACCUCCGGACGAGGAUCGUCACUUCCGGGACGAACACUACCCGCAACGUCACUUCCGGCAAACCUUCGGUCACGUGAUGAACCCAGGUGGGAACCUCCUCACGCCGGAACAGCUCAAGAAAAGGAACAAGAAGACUCACGAAACCGUGGCGAGAGCGCUACAACAGACGUUCGAGAAACUAGACGACCUGCGAAGGUAUUGCUUCGUGUGUGAGCGGUCGGACAAGGUGAACCGGUGCGCCCGGUGCCAGAUGGUGUACUACUGCGGACAGAAAUGCCAGAAGAGGGACUGGGGCAGGCACAAGAAGGUCUGCAAGUUCCUGAGUGGGGAAAGGAUAGAUCAGGUAGCUGAGACGCUGCCCUGCCAGAACGCGUGCCAUGUCCUGAAGCCGGGGCGCGCUUGGACCAAACCGGCGGGCGAAGUCGCGACCUGGGCCGACUGGCUCGCCAUCAACCCCUCGGUGGCCGCCGAGAUCCAGCGAAACGUCCCGUCCAUGGUGGAAUGGUACAGCUUCAUCGGCCGGCCUGCAAGCGAAGCCGCGGUGACCGAAUCUCUUCAACGCUGCUGUACAGAGAUGUUAACGCACCCAAUCGUCAUAGGAAAAGGGCUGGUCACUUUUAAAGUAGACCCUCGGGAAAAACCUGUCCAUAUACACAUGGUCGGGGCGGCCAAACCAGAACUUUUGAUGUCAGAGAUCGCAACCAGUACGCAAGAACUCUCGGCCAUGUUUCCCAACCACCAGGGCAUGCGGAUUCUCUUGGUAGGACCCGAGGUUCCACACAAACUUGCCAUCGGCAACCCUCCUAGUAACAAGGCUCUCAGUAAAGGGAGGAUAGAGUAUGUGUACUGUAACGAACUGUAUCAUGACUUUGUGCACAGGUACGUGGACCACAAGAGGUGCCCGGCCGCUGAUUUAGUCAUUGCCUUACAUCCAGGACUUCAUACCGAAGUCCUCAUAGAGCCAUGGACCCCAACCAUCAACCUACUCCUAGAUAGGGAGCUACCGACGGUUUUUACCAUGUAUAAUGUGGCGGAGUAUGACGAUUCGGUGGAAAUUCUUGUCCCGUUUCGACCGAAUUACGUGCAGAGUGGGACCAACCCGUUCGGAUCUCUCUUGGCGAAGCAGACGCCUUUUGACUUGAAUCAGGUCUUCGCGUCAAAUAGCUACAUUCUGGCUAUAAAAGGAAGGCAAAAGUAGCAGCCUCCAUAGCAUACCAAAAACUGGGGGUUUGGGGGGUUUUCUUGGUCUUUGGGAGCUUUUAUAUAUGUGCUAUUUUUUGAUUGCAU